UGGAAAUAUGUUUGGUUUCAAAUAACAUUGCUAGCUAACAUGUGUAAGUUUGAUAAAACACAAGUAGGAUUGGAUUAUAAUCACCAGAGUUAGCAAAUUAAUCUUGAUUUUUAAAACUGUCGGAUAUUUCAAAUACCCAUGGCAGAAAACAACGACCUCGACGAAGAUAUUGGCUCGUUCAUAAUCCGACUGAAACUACCGGAAAAUUACAUCAAAUUUUUUCACGAUAAUGGAUUCAAAACGACGGGUGAUUGCCGUGAAAUUGACGAACCGAUACUCAAAGCCAUGGGAAUAACUCUUCCAGGUCAUUUUCGACGUAUUUUGAAUAAGCUGCCAAGAUGCGCAGUACGUAAGCCACCAAGAAAUCCCAAAAUGGAUUUAUUAUCACCUUCAAAAACUGACAGUGAUGAAGACGCCGGUAGAAAAUCACCCGGACUACAGUUUCUCCCUCUGGCAUCCGAACGAACUUCUCAAGCUCAUAUUGAGCAUGGCCCUGUGAAACAGGGGGCUUAUUUUCCAAGUACCGAAUUAGCCGAAGAUCCUUACCUAAAUUGGAAAGGUCCGCAACACUCUCAAGAAAUUACUACAGCAGAUAAUCAACUUCGACCUUUAACGCCUCCAUCUUUGGAAUUUUCGAAUCUUCCUGAAGAUGCAGCCGAGGAAAGUCCGUAUGAAAACACACCAACACAUGCCGUAAAACUUCCAAUGGAAUUACCCGAUGAAAAAUUAUUUGACGACCUCCCACCACCGCCGGAUUUACCCUCACCACCGCCGGAUUCACCUCCGCCACCGCCCCCAGAGGAUCCAUAUAUGAUGAGCCAAACGCUUCCGCUUGUCGAAGAUGAAAAUCCAUACUUGACUGAAAAUCCGCCCCAACCUUCUGAUGACUAUAACUUUCUUCACGAAACGCCAAAACCAAUCAAUAUCUUUUUAGAGGACGUAUAUAACACAACAUCACAGAACUACACCGACGAAGGCGAUUACGAUCAUUUAAAAAGUGACACCGAGGGAAGUUUGUCCAUUCCCCACUCACCAACGUGCAUUGGUGGCGCCGUUGCAAGUAUUUUUGCAUAUGAAACAUCGUCGCGCACCAGUUCACUCGAAAGAAAUCAGUUCGAGGGUGAGUACGAUCUCCUCAACUCACAGUCUCCGAGAAAAGAGAUUCCUGUACCCGCAUUACUCUCUCCUAAGGAACGUUCUUUACCACGUUCAAAUAAUUCGAGUGAGUCACACUAUGAUCAUCCUCCCAUACAUCGUACUGUUUCUGGUGAUAGCGAAAAAAGCGCGAAAAACUUGCCUCUGCCGCCACCACCGUGGAAAACAGUCAUAGAAGAGAAAAACAAUGUGAGCAAUAGCGGUGGAGAUUGUUCUAUGAAAGCUGUUCUGUCGAAGCAAAAUUCAGUGCAGUCGACGACAGGCGACGAGACAGAUUUCUGGGCACUUGACCAUAUGGACGACACGAAUAACAAAGAUGAGGGCGAUUACGACACGUUAGCCUUGAACCUAAGCGGUAAUACUAACUACGGCUCAAAAUCAAUGAUGCCUCGCACAAAAUCGAUACAAGGCGAGAACGACGACGGCACGACUUACGAUUAUGAAGUACUCGAGUAUAAGAUUCGACGGCCUCACAGUCCGCAGCCUCCGAUAGGUAAGCUAGGCGAACUCCCGCCUGUUCCGCAUAAUACACCGUCGCAUGCAUUGGAUGAUUAUGACGAUGAAGAAGAUCAGGAGGCUUCAUACGAGGAGGUAGAAUUCCAGCCAAAAGAUAACAGAAAAUUUGUUCCAGCGGCAAUUGAAACAAGUAUAUAUGGAAGUAUGGAUAGCGAAGAUCGGGGUCGAAGCAUGACUAUGAAUUCUCAGCCACCAAAGGAUAAAAAACACGCUUCAAAUAGAAGAUUCACUGGUGUUCAGGCUCAACUUCAAAAGGCAAAAGCGGCAGUAUCGAAAGUAAAACCAAAAAGAAAAAAGGCUUUAAUGAAACUGGGUGAUUCUCGAAACCAGUCGUUUAGCGAUAAUGAUAGUGAAGGCAGUGAGAUAUCAUCAACCAGAGGUUCAGCCGAUACUUUAAAUAAAUCUCUCGAAGAUUUAACAGCCGUGUCGGAUCUUCCACCUGCGUACCCAAGCCGGCAUCAAAGACAACCAAGCGAUACUUUGCCUCCUGGGGCGAGUAUGCCAAGCAGUGGGGCUGGCUUUAGGGGUUCUAGAUUAACCAGAAUAUCACCCGUAACUCGUCGAAAACGAGUUGACGCUCUGUCGUAUUCAAGCGGACAAGAUUUUCCGAACUCACAACCAGAGGAAGGAAUAUACGAAGACGUCGACCCAAGACGAAAUGGGUUACCAGAUAUCGGAGUUCGUGAUAGAUUUAGCAACUUGAAGGAAAACAAGAAACGACCUAUCAAAGCACCCAGACAGCGACCUGUAUCUGUAUUCAUGGACCUAUCGAGAAAUACACAAAGCAGUCUUGCACCAGCAGAAGAUGAAAGAUCUCGUACUUAUUCUGCGACACUCAAACGUGGUCAAACCAUUGAAACUAAUUAUGAAGAGGAACCAGACGAAUAUAUGGACAUAAAUGAGUUUCUGAAGCAGGACGCUCCAGUCUUAACCGUGUCUCCACUGACGAAAAAGAGAACAAAGUCCGGAUGGUUAUGGAAACAUGGAGGUCACGAAGGAAGAGCUCCAUUGCGAAAAAGAUGGGCCAUGUUUGAUGGAGACGAACUUGCAUAUUAUGAAAGCGAAACUAAGACUGAUUUCAGCAAAGGAAUACUGCCCAUUGAAGUAAUGAUGCGACUGCAAGUUCCACCGAACAGCCAAACUAUAUUCCACCUUCAAAUGAAAGGAGGUAGAACGUUCAUUUUCCAAGCAGAAAACAGCGACGAAAGAACCAUGUGGACUUCUACUUUGAUGGCUGCAAUGCUGACAUUUCAGAAAGCAGGACACCAGUUGAAGCCGGGUGGAAAUAUGUAUAUGCCUUACAAAGAAGGAGCUUUGAAAAUGGAAGGACUGAGACAAAAGAUCUACAUGGCUAUCAAAGGAGAACAAGCUGUUUAUUAUAAAAGCAAGAAUGAAUUUAUAUUUGCACAACCUAUCGCAAGACUACAGAUGAAACUGGCAACAGUCAAGGACAUCGGAAAUCGAAAAUUUUCGAUCGUGUUUCCAUAUCGCACUUUCACGUUUACCGCCGACAGUGAGGAAGAGAAGAAGUCGUGGAUAGAGCCUUUGCUAGACGCGAUUGCUGAAGGCCUAUCGGAUUAUCAGGUGCUGAACGAAAUCUGGGCCAACGAGACUAACAAGAAAUGCGCAGAUUGUGGACGAGCGUUGCCAGAUUGGGCUUCAAUAAAUCUUGCUAUCGUAAUAUGUAAACAUUGUGCUGGAGUACAUAGAGAACUUGGUGUUCACAAUAGUAAAGUUCGAUCACUGAAAAUGGAUAUUAAAAUUUGGGAGCCAGCUAUGAAAAGAUUACUCAUUGAUAUUGGCAAUGGUGAAGCAAACAGAUUUUGGUCUCAAAAUCUCAGUAGCAGUGAUGGGAUUACUGACAUGGCUGAUAAAAAUCAACGAUCCUGGUUUAUCAAAUCAAAAUAUAUUGAUAUGGAUUACGUCAAAGAGAGACGAGACGACGGAGAUCAAGAAAAAUUGAACAAUAACCUAAUCAACGCUGUACGAACUGAUAAUUUAAUUGAAGCUUAUCACGUGACAUUUAGCGGUGCCGAUAUGAACUGCUUCACUGGGAAAGAACAUGCUAAAACUCCUCAACUAUUGGCAGAACAUCUCACCUAUACUACCUUAGCCGAAUUUUUGCGGCAAAAUGGUGGAACGGACACGAUUAGUCCAGAAGGUCACAUCACGCAAAGGAAUACAAGCGUUCGAAAGAAAAAUUCAAUUCCAAAGACGCGCGCAAGACCUCCAGUAUGUUUACGAGAUUGUUUAUUCAAAUAUGGCGGAGAUUUUAAAAAUUCCGGAGAAGAGCCUAAAACUAAAGGAAAACUAAAUCUUAUUAAAUCAGCAUUGCAGCCAGGAGAUUUUCAAAAGCGUCUCUGCGUCCUGGAAAACAACACACUAAAAUAUUGUGACCCAGAAAAAACAAGCGUUGUAAAAGAUUUUGUCUCGUGCAAUGACUUAAUCAGCAUCACAGUCCAUACACCUGAGCAAGCCGUCAAAGCAGGGUAUAAACAUUGUUUUGAAUUGUCGCGAUCGUCCGGUAGAACAUAUUUAUUUUGCGCCGAUCGAGAAGACACAAGAAUACGAUGGACACGAGGUUUAUUACAAGCCAUUGUUCCUCCUUAUAUUCAAGAUGCUAUGCAAACAGAAGAUGAAUAUGAAAGAAUAGGAAAAGUCAGAAUCAAAGCAAAAUUAUGGUCAAAAGCAGACACGCAAUGGUCUCUUACUUGGUGUCGUCUACGCAAAAAGAAGUUGGAGUAUUUUCACAACGAAUCAAGAUCAUUGGAGACAAUCGACCUUAGAAAAUUAGUUCAAAUCACUGUGGACCAAACUCGCGAAGUUACUUCCAACCCAACCAACGGUAUUCAGAACAAAGACUUGAACCCUGUCGUUAUGUUGGUGUUUCGGGAUAAAUCAUAUUAUAUUCAAUCGGACACAAGACCUGACAGUGAAUCGUGGUUAGCAGCGAUACGACGGUCGGACAAUGAAUCGGGAGCGAGACUAGAAGAAAAACAACUAACAACAGAAGGCGUUCCUGUUGUAUUGGAAAAAUGCAUAACAUACGUUGAACAAUUCGGUAUUGCUAUGCGUGGUAUAUAUCGUCUCAGUGGCACGCACAGCAAAACGACGCAACUCUUGAGCGAUUUUCGUCUGAACGCAAGAGAGACGCAAAUGCGUGAAGGUCAAAUGAACGUGCACGACGUAGCCAACGCACUAAAACGUUGGUUCAAAUCCUUACCCGGCUCUCUCCUUACGGAACAUUUGCACGACCAAUGGAUUGAAACUGCACAAAUCCAACAAGAGCAUCAUAAUAGGAAAUUGGAAUGGUAUAAACAUCUUGUCGAAAAAUUACCGGAUAUUAAUCGAGUGACACUGAAAGUUCUUCUUAUGCAUUUGAAAACUGUGUCCGAUCACGAAAAAGAGAACGAGAUGUCCAUUCACAACCUCGCAAUCGUUUUUGGACCUACUCUUCUCGAACCUCAAGAUGAGGAAGGAUCUGGAGAUAAAUAUUUAGGACAGACUUCUCAAGAAAUUGCUUGCAUUGAGGACCUACUCAACUUCUAUGAUUGGUUAUUCGAUGUGACGGAUACCGAUCGCGAAAAAGAACGACGAAUGCAACAAGCCAAAGAAAAGAUCAACCAAGCAACAAUGCAACAAAAUAUGCUGACUACAAUGGAUUAUGAUAUGAUGGCGCCUAUAUACAUCAGCAGACGGGAGGAUAGAUGCGUAAAUUAUAAGGUCAAUCUAACAGCAGGCGAUCUUAUAACAAAAGUAUGCAAGGCCCAUGGUUACCCAGCUGAUAAAUGGGGGCUGUAUGAAGUCAUCAUGGACGGCGAGGGAGAACGACCUCUCCAUUUUAGUGAGCACGUACUGAGUGUAAUAAAAUCGUGGGAUAUCCCUUCAACGAAUUUUCUACUCGCUAAAAACGACUACAUUCGAGAUAAGAUGAGGUGGUUUAAACAGGCCGCUUCAAAUGACGUUAAAACUAUCAUGGAAGGUCAACUGCGACUUUAUGAAGGCAAAAAGAAAUGGUCGAAAGUUACGGGAUGCAUCGCCAGAAACUUGGAUGACAAAACAAUCUAUUUCAAAUAUUCUAAGAAUUCUCCUGAUACAAUGAAUCUGGACUUACGAGAGUUAGCCAAUGCGCACAGAAGGAGGCGCUCGAUCAAAACUAAGAGCAAAUUGAUUGGAUGGAUCGGCAAUAAUUCGGACGCUCCAUCAAAACCCUCAGUAACAAUGGACAUCAGCACAUUCAACGUUUAUGUUGGAGUUGACAAGAAAACAAAACCACCUGGAACACCGAAACAAGGCUUCACUAUUCAUCGUGCAGGAGAACCAUUCAAACAUUUUAUCGCUGAAACAGAAGGAGAAUUGUAUCGAUGGAUAUCAAAUAUGUUAAUCAGCAUGCAUCCGGAAGGUUUUACUCCGCCUGUCACUCAAGAAAAUUCACCUGCUAAGUCAGUAGAAGACACGGAAUCGAGAAAUUCGUCCAUUACCAGGAGUCCAUACGGAUCAAUUUCUCAGCAAGACCUUGGGGCUCAAGUUGCUGCAAAAGUUGCCAGUGUUAGACGAACGUCUUCAAACGAGAGUACUGGCAGUUUCAGAGAGAGAUUUCUAGACCACGGUUCUUCGAGUCCAGCAAAUUUGACCACUUCUCCUCAGUCUAGAAGACAAAGAUUUAUGCGGUCUAACACAGUCCCAGAUCGGUUAGGAAAAAAUGUCCAUAGUAAUUCGCAUUGGGCGGGGUUCGAUGAAUACGAUUGCUAGCAAGCACAAUCAUCCAAAUUGUCACAAUUACUUAAUCAUUUAAUCAGAAAUGAUUUACAAUUAUUUGUGUAAUUACACCAGUUCAAUUAUUCGUAAUUACAACUACGAAUUUGUUGAACAUUUUGUUCUAAAAUUAAAUCUAAUUCUACAAUUGUUUAUUGCACCAUUAACAAUAACUCGAUAUCGGAGCAAACCCCCAAUAUCUAAUUUUUUCUUAGUGUUUAUUGUUGAUAUCAACAGUAUAUCUUUAAUAUAUGCAAUUAUUGUUGUUUUUUAUUAUAUUUGUUUUAUAGCGACGAAUUUAGAUGCCUUUGCAUUGAUUGAUGAAUAAUUUGUCGGGAUAAAUUUUAAAUUUGGUUACAAAAUUGAUUUAAAAUUCAAAGAAUGAAAUUUACCGAACGAAAAUGUACUAAAUCAAGUGGUUUCAUGAAAUUACGUUAAAUAAUCUACAUAUUUAACGUAACUCAAUUCACUUACUAUAAAAACCGAAUGCCUAAAUCACAUUAUAUUUAUCGCACCGCAAUAUCUGCAUGUAUCUCCAUUGCUAAUUCACUAAUUAUUGCCUUU